AUUGAAUUUUGAUUCUCAUUCCCCCUCUGAAGACACUUUGUCACGUCCAUCCACACCUUCAACUACAUAACAUCACUCUAUACGAAAUUUUAUUUAAAAUCUGAACCAUCAUUUUAAAAGUAAAAGAAAGUUAAAUACCCACCAAAAUUUUCAUGCGAAGAAGAAGAAGAAGAAGAAGAAUGGCUAUGGCGGCAAUGAACUCAAUGUUGAGAAGAGAAGUAGCGUGGAUUCAAGUCGCAGAUCGAUAAGAUUCCAAAUGGAAAACCCCUAAUGGGACCAGUUCGCGCCGUAGCUCAAACAUCUCAGAGUGGGUCGGUGGAUGGGUAGUGGCAGUCUGGCAGAGACGACGACAAAGACGACGAAGAUGCUAUAAUCAACCACCGUUCUUCAUCACAGACACACUUUUAGCCCUUCGAUCAAGAUCCCAACCAGAUCGCUUCGGUGACUGCGUCUGUGACUUCAGACACUGAUCUUAACAAUGAACAGUGUGAGAAUGCUAUGAUUGUGAAGGCAUAUCCAAUUGAUAUGGUGCGUGCAACGGAUGCUGUGGAUGGAGAGAAUGUUGGGGAUUGUAUGCUCGAACCAUUUGUGGGGCAAGAAUUUGAUUCAGCCGAUACAGCGCUUAAUUUUUAUACUUCAUAUGCACAACGUGUUGGGUUUAAAGUUCGAAUAGGUCAGUUGUACAGAUCACGAACUGAUGGGACGGUAUCUUCUCGCAGAUUUGUGUGUUCAAAGGAGGGAUUUCAGCUUAGUUCACGCACAGGAUGCCCAGCAGUCAUUCGAGUACAGAGGCGUGAUUCUGGGAAGUGGGUCAUCAACCUCUUUCACAAAGACCACAAUCAUCACCUUGAUCAUGAAGGUGGGGAAACCCCUCCUCCUGCUAUUCAAGUUAAGGCUCCUAGAUCUGCAAAAUUGACUGUUAAUGUUUCUCAUAGACGAAAGGUUCAUUUGUUCAAAGAUGUUGAAGACGCCUUCUCCUGUCCUUCAGGAAUUAUUAAUUCAAAGCAUUUAAACGAAAUAGGAAAUGUAAUACUGCGGAAAGGUGAGCCUUGUGUCGGUCUGGAGUUCAAUUCAGCAAAUGAGGCAUAUCAGUUUUAUAAUGCCUAUGCAGCAAAUGCAGGAUUUAGAAUACGCAUUGGUCAAUUGUUUCGAUCAAAAAAUGAUGGUUCAAUUACAUCAAGGCGAUUUGUGUGCUCCAAGGAGGGAUUUCAACAUCCAUCAAGAUUAGGCUGUGGGGCAUUUAUGAGGAUUAAGAGGCAUGAAUCUGGAAGAUGGGUUGUAGAUCGCCAUAAGAAAGAUCAUAAUCAUGAUCUUGAGCCUCAACCAGAAGCUCAAAAAAGAAAUCUACUAGCUUCCAAGAGAUUCGCUGGGGAACUGAAUGGUGGAUUUGAAGGCAAGGAACCAGUUAACUUGAACAACGGGCUCAUCAUCAAGAGAACUCGGGAGAACAAAAUUGGUAGUGAUUGGUACCCAGGUCUUUUUGAAUAUUUCCAAUCCAAGCAAGCAGAAGAUACAGGAUUCUUUUAUGCUGUAGAAGUUGAGAAUUCUAACUGCAUGAAUGUUUUCUGGGCAGAUGGCAGGUCUAGAUUUUCAUGUAGUCAGUUCGGUGAUACUAUCGUUCUCGACACUUCAUAUAGGAAAAGUGCUCAUGCAGUGCCAUUUGCAACCUUUAUUGGGGUUAAUCACCAUAAGCAACCUGUUCUUCUUGCCUGUGCUUUAAUUGCUGAUGAAUCUGUGGAAUCUUUCUCAUGGCUGUUUCAAACAUGGCUUCGAGCAAUGUCUGGUUGCCACCCACUUUCAAUAAUUGCUGAUCAGGAUAAGGCUAUCCAACAAGCUGUUGCUCAAGUUUUUCCCAGAACUUUACAUCGUUUUUCAUCGUGGCAAAUUAGGGAAAAGGAGCAGGAUAAUCUUGGCAUGCUGGAUGAAACUUUUAGAUUUGAAUAUGAAAAAUGCAUUUAUCAGAGUCAGACUGCUGAAGAAUUUGAUGUCGGUUGGAAUACGCUUAUUGGCAAGUAUGGGUUGAAGGAGAAUGCUUGGCUUAAAGAAAUGUACAUAAAGCGUAAUAACUGGGUUCCAUUGUUCUUGCGGGGAACCUUCUUUGCAGGCAUCCCCACGACUGACAACUUUGAAUCAUUUUUUGGUACAGCAUUCAAUGCUCAAACACCAGUUGCAGAGUUCAUUUCUCGUUACGAAAUUGGAUUGGAGAGACGUCGUGGUGAAGAAAGAAAAGAGAGUUUGAACUCUCUGAACUUGCAAGGUUUUUUGCAAACGAAAGAACCAGUAGAAGAACAAUGUUUAAGGCUCUAUACUCACGCAGUGUUCAAGGUGUUCCAGAAAGAACUCCUACACUGUUACAGAUAUCUUGGAUUCAAGAUUUACGAGGAAGUAGCUCUCAGCAGAUACCUGGUGCGUCGAUGUGAAAACGACAAUGAAAAAUGUAUAGUAACAGUGAUAUCAACGAACCUGACAGUGAAUUGUAGUUGUAAAAUGUUCGAGUACGAAGGUAUACUAUGUAGACAUAUCCUGAGGGUGUUCCAAAUAUUAGGAAUGAGUGAAAUUCCACCCCGCUACAUCCUACACCGCUGGACCCGAAACGCCGAGUAUGGAACAUUGCAAGAUAUGGACUCAGAUGGUGGCCCUCAAGAACUCAAGGCCGUGAUGCUAUGGAGUUUGAGAGAAGCUGCUUGUAAAUACAUUGAGGCUGGGGCAACAUCUCUUGAAAAGUUCAAACUUGCAUAUGAGAUUAUGCGAGAGGGUGGAAGGAAACUCCGUUGGCAAAGAUAAAUAUGGAGGUUAGACAGAUUUCUCUCUCUGUUCUUAGUUCUGCAUGCACUUUUUUUGUUUUCCUUUUUUUUGGUUGGAUGAGUUUAGAUAUGUGACCAAAAACCAUGAUAUUGAGUUGUGGGGAUGAUACUUUCCUGGAUAUGUUAUACCUGAAUGUAUAUAAUAUGUAAAUGAAGGAAAUUUGGGUUAUUUAGAAUGAGUUAAA